UUGAACAUUGAGUGUAGCCCGCCGGUAGUAAGUCUUGUUAGAACUUAGAAAUUAGCUUACCUAAAUAAAAUGGGUGAUGAACUUCCAUAUCGUGCUGAAUAUGCCAAAAGUGGUCGUGCGUCCUGCAAGGGAUGCAAAUCACCGAUAGCAAAAGAUACACUGCGGCUUGCCGUAAUGGUGCAGUCACCAGUGUUUGAUGGGAAGCAACCAAACUGGUACCAUUUUGCUUGCUUCUUUGUGAAGCAGAGACCAAAAUCAAUUGGUGACAUAGCACACAUUGACUCUUUGAGGUGGGAAGAUCAAGAAAAAAUUAAGCAAAAAAUUGCUUCUGGUGGUGGAAGCGGUAGCAGUGCUAGUGCGAGUCCUGGUACAGCAAAGUCUGGCAAGGGCAAACCAAGCAAAAGGAAGUCUGCUGUUGGUGGAGAAUUCAAUGAUUUUACUGUGGAGUAUGCAAAGUCCAGUAGGGCCACAUGUCGAGGUUGUGAUACAAAGAUUGAUAAGGGAGAAGUGAGAAUUUCUAAAAAGGAUUUCGAAAGUGAUGCAGGAAAGCGAUUCGGUGGAGAAGAAAGAUGGCACCAUGUAGAAUGUUUCGCCAAGAAUAGGGACUUCUUUGAGUUCUGGGAGGAUGGAGCUAUGCUCCCAGGUUUUAAAACUCUUACUAAAGAGGAUCAACAGAUGGUUGCUUCCCAAGUUCCCAAAGUUGCAAAGAAGGAGAUAAAAAAAGAACCAACUGAUCAAACAGAUGGACCAAGUGAAGCAAAGAAAAUCAAGAAAGAAGAUGAUCAACUAGAAAAAGAGCUAAAAGCUCAAAAUAAAAUAAUGUUUGGCUAUAGAGACAAACUAAAGAAUGAGUUGAAGAAGCCACAGCUGACACAGCUGUUGGAAUACAAUGAUCAAGAAGUCCCUGUGGGAACAGAACCAAUGCUAGAUCGUUUAGCGGACAUUAUGACAUUUGGUGCACUUUUGCCAUGUGAAGAGUGCAAAGGGGGCCAACUGGUCUUUCGGUCUGGAGUUGGUUAUCAGUGCACUGGUGACCUCACAGAAUGGACAAAGUGUCAGUUUGUGACUACGGACCCUAAAAGAGUGCCUUUCAAAGUGCCAGAAGACCUCAUGGAUACUUUCCUAAACAGCUACAAGUUUGUACCAAGGAAAAGAACUAUUAGAAUCAUCACACCGACAGCUGCCAAAACGACUGAGAGAUCUGCGCCAAAGGUUGAGAGAGCUCGCAGGCCACUUGAAAACAUGGAGUUUGUUAUUCUGCAUAAAACCACAAGACCUAAGGAAGAAUUAAAAGCAGAAAUACAGAAACUUGGUGGUAAGGUAGUGUCGAAAGUUCAUGAUAAGCUUGCAGCAGUUAUAGGAACACCAGAUGCUGUUGAGAAAAUGGGUAAAAAGGUAGAGGAAGCUAAAGACCUUGACAUACAAAUUGUAUCUGAAGAUUUCCUGGAUGAGGUGAAAGAUGGUGGUGCAACACUCAUGAUAAACAAAAAGAGUAUUUGCUCAUGGGGAUCAGAUCCUAACAGCAGAAUACCAAAAGACACUGAAACUAAAUCUUCAAAAAGUAAAAGCAGAUUUGUCAAGAGUAUGCCAACAAAGCAGCGUAUGAAGUUGAAGGGUGGAGCAGUGGUAGACCCAGAUUCAGGUCUGGAAGAUGUUGCUGAAGUAUACCAGAAGAAUGGCACAGUCUACAAUGCUGUUCUUGGUAUAACUGAUGUUCAAAGUGGGAAGAACUCAUUCUACAAGUUACAAGUUCUCACCAGUGGCUCAAGAUUUUGGGUAUUUAGAGCCUGGGGUCGAAUUGGUACAACAAUUGGUGGCAACAAGCUUGAAGACAUGGGCACAUUGCAUGAUGCCCUUGGACACUUCAAGUCACUUUAUGAAGAGAAAACUGGUAACCUGUGGGAAAACAGAGAUAAUUUUAUGAAAUUGCCAGGACGAAUGCACCCAAUUGAUGUGGAUUAUGGGCAGGAUGAAGGCGUCCAGAAAGUUGCUGCCAAUGGAGUUGAAUCUAAACUGCCCCAGCCUGUCCAUGACCUGAUCAGCAUGAUUUUUGAUGUGAACAACAUGAAAAAGCUUAUGAUUGAGUUCGAGUUGGAUUUGGAGAAAAUGCCUCUGGGGAAGCUAAGCAAGAAGCAGAUACAAGCAGCCUACGGUGUGCUGAAUGACCUACAAGAAUUAGUGAAGAAGGGCGGUUCAGAUUCACGCUUCAUUGAUGCGUCGAAUCGCUUCUACACCCUGAUCCCACAUGACUUUGGUAUUGACAAUCCUCCAAUAAUCAGAACUGAAGAAGUUAUUAAGCAAAAAAUUGAGCUUCUUGACAGUCUGAUGGAAAUUGAAAUUGCCUACAGUAUGCUAAGCAAUGCAAACAAAACAGCUGAAGAAAAUGUUCAUCCUGUAGAUAAUUAUUACAAACAGCUACAUGCUGAUAUAGAAGUGCUUGAUAAAAGCUGUGAAGAGUUCUGCCUAUUGCAGAAAUAUGUGGAAAAUACUCAUGCUGAAACUCACAGGCAAUAUGAACUUGAAAUUUUGGAGGUAUUCAAAGUGAAACGGCAUGAGGAAGUGAAGAGGUAUGCUCCAUUCAAGAAAUUGCCAAACCGAAAAUUGUUGUGGCAUGGUUCAAGGCUCACAAACUUUGCUGGAAUUUUAUCACAGGGCUUGCGGAUUGCCCCACCUGAAGCUCCAGUGACUGGGUACAUGUUUGGGAAAGGUGUAUACUUUGCUGACAUGGUAUCUAAGUCAGCAAACUAUUGCUGCACAUCAAAAACAAACCCUGUUGGCUUGUUGCUGUUGUGUGAAGUUGCCUUGGGAAAUAUGUACGAAAGAACGCAGGUUGAUUAUAUAGAGAAACUUCCUCCUGGCAAACACAGCACAUUGGGUUUGGGGCGCACUGAGCCAAAUCCAAAAGAAGUGCAUGUAAGAUCUGAUGGUGUCAUCGUCCCUGUUGGGAAGGGAGUCCCAACUGCUCGGAAGAAUGUUUCAUUGUUGUACAAUGAAUACAUUGUAUAUGAUGUUGGGCAAGUAAACAUUCAGUAUUUGAUGAAAGUUAACUUCAAGUACAAGUUUUAAAUUUCCUAUGACUGCACCUAAUGAAAUAUGUGAUAUACCUCCUAUACGAAGGAUGACGAAUGGUAUUGUUACUAUUUUUAUAUGUACAUCUUGUUAUAUUACUUUAGCACGUUUAUAUAGUUGUUCCAUUUGCUUAGUCCUCCAGUCUCAGUGAUAGGCAUUGGAACUGCAGCUAUGUAAGAAUAUACAAUUUAUCAUUUAAGACUGAAUAUAAUGCCCGAGUCCUUUGCUGAUUUUAUACAUGCAGUGUGGUUUCUCACACUUAAUAUUUGUUUGAAUUUUACACGAAAUGAUGGUGUCACCUGAUUUGCUGAAAAUUAAAACAGCAUGGAGCUCACUUUUCACAUACACUUUUGAAGUUAUGUAUUCUAAAACGAGAGAUUUAUGUAAACAUAAGAUUACAGUGUCAGUGGUGUAGAUGUAAAAGCAGUUUCAACAAAAUUGUAAGAUGUUUAUCAGUUUUAAAUCUGAUGGAAAAGCUUCCUGUACAUGCUGUUAUUCUUGCACUUUGUUUGAUGCAAACAAUUUGUAUGAUGAUCUGAUAUCACAGAUGUUUAAGAUAUUUGAUUCUGUGUAAAAUAUUGUGUGUUAUGUUUAAAAGCAUUGAUUGCUUGUUGUCACAUGGUCUUAUUAGAAAUAUUACUUUUCUGAAAAUCAGAAUAUCCAGUAUGGUGUAACUGUCAUUUUAAACUACAGAUUUUGGAAUAAUUUGUAAAUGAAUACUGGGUUUUUGACUAUUCUGCCAAAAAGAUUAAAUAAAUUAAGGAUGCCAAUGUUUUCUUUAAAUUUUCUGUUAAUAUUGUCUUGGUCUGAGCAGUUAGAUGAAAAACAGUUUUAGCCAAGUAAAAUUUUCUGUACGCAAUUUAAUUCAGUAAUUUAUUAGAGUUACAUUAUUUUAAAGGUAUGUCACAGGCAAACAGAUAUGUAUCAAUAUUUGAUCCGCAUGUGAAGAGGACUGAUAUUUUUGUAGCAUUUUUACCUGAAUGUUUUACAGUGUAAUGUUCACCAUCUGUGUAGUUAAAAACUGAAUAAAGCAAUUAAAAAAGUAAA